UUUUUUUGUUUUCCUUAACUGUGAGAAAGUUAAAAAUUGGUGUAUCAUCUUGCGAGAAGAUUAAAAUCCAUGUAUCAUUUUUAUUCUGCAUGAUCACACUGAUUCAUGCAAAAAAAAAUCAUCAUUGUUUUGCUUCACAAUGGCGUCCACUCCUCCUCAAAAUUCUAAGAAAGUUCGAAACAAUUCUGGUAGUGGCCAAACUGUAAAAUUUGCAAGACGGACAUCUAGUGGACGAUAUGUGAGUUUAUCCCGGGACAAUAUUGAAUUAUCAGGCGAGUUCUCUGGAGAUUAUUCUAACUAUACAGUGCACAUACCUCCAACGCCUGACAACCAGCCCAUGGCCACUAAAGCUGAAGAGCAGUAUGUGUCAAAUUCCCUAUUUACUGGUGGUUUUAACAGUGUCACGCGUGCACAUCUUAUGGACAAAGUCAUCGAUUCAGAUGUCACACACCCUCAGAUGGCUGGCGCUAAAGGUUCUUCGUGUGCCAUGCCUGCUUGCGACGGAAAAGUCAUGAAAGACGAGAGAGGAAAAGACGUGAUGCCAUGUGAAUGUCGGUUCAAGAUUUGCAGAGAUUGCUUCAUGGACGCCCAAAAAGAAACAGGUUUAUGUCCAGGAUGUAAGGAACAAUAUAAAAUUGGUGACCUAGACGAUGAUACACCUGAUUUUUCUAGUGGUGCUCUCCCCUUACCAGCUCCAGGAAAAGAUCAACGUGGCAGCAACAACAUGUCUAUGAUGAAAAGAAAUCAAAACGGUGAAUUUGAUCACAAUAGAUGGUUAUUUGAAACACAAGGCACAUAUGGUUAUGGAAAUGCGUAUUGGCCUCAAGAUGAAAUGUACGGUGAUGAUAUGGAUGAAGGAAUGAGAGGUGGCAUGGUGGAAACAGCUGACAAGCCAUGGCGACCUCUGAGCCGGCGGAUCCCAAUCCCAGCUGCCAUCAUAAGCCCAUAUAGAUUGCUAAUCGCAAUUCGUUUUGUGGUGCUAUGUUUUUUUCUAACUUGGAGGAUUAGAAACCCUAAUGAAGACGCAAUAUGGUUAUGGCUGAUGUCAAUAAUAUGCGAGCUUUGGUUUGGAUUUUCAUGGAUUUUAGAUCAAAUCCCAAAGUUGUGUCCCAUAAACCGUUCUACCGACCUUGAAGUUCUUCGUGACAAAUUUGACAUGCCUUCUCCUUCGAACCCCACAGGGAGAUCCGAUCUCCCAGGUAUUGACCUCUUUGUGUCCACAGCAGAUCCUGAGAAAGAGCCACCCCUUGUCACUGCCAACACUAUGCUUUCCAUCCUGGCUGUUGAUUAUCCAGUGGAGAAAGUGUCGUGUUACCUUUCUGAUGAUGGAGGAGCCCUUUUAUCAUUUGAAGCUAUGGCAGAAGCUGCUAGUUUUGCAGACUUAUGGGUGCCCUUUUGCCGCAAACAUAACAUUGAACCCCGAAAUCCAGAUACAUAUUUUAGUUUGAAGAUAGAUCCAACAAAGAACAAGAGUAGGAUUGAUUUUGUGAAAGAUAGGAGGAAGAUUAAGAGGGAGUAUGAUGAGUUCAAAGUUCGCAUCAAUGGGCUCCCUGACUCAAUAAGAAGGAGGUCAGAUGCGUUUAAUGCAAGAGAGGAAAUGAAGGCUCUAAAACAGAUGAGGGAAAGUGGAGGUGAUCCGAUGGAACCUGUGAAGGUCCUCAAAGCCACAUGGAUGGCUGAUGGUACCCACUGGCCAGGAACUUGGGCAGCCGCUACUCGAGAGCAUUCCAAAGGUGAUCAUGCUGGAAUUUUACAGGUGAUGUUGAAACCACCCAGCAGCGAUCCUUUAAUCGGCAAUGACAGUGAUAAAAUCAUCGAUUUUUCCGAAACGGAUACUCGUUUGCCCAUGUUUGUGUAUGUGUCACGUGAAAAGCGACCUGGUUAUGAUCAUAACAAGAAAGCUGGAGCCAUGAAUGCACUUGUUCGUGCUUCUGCUAUUCUCUCAAAUGGACCUUUCAUCCUUAAUCUUGAUUGUGAUCAUUACAUUUAUAAUUGUAAGGCCAUUAGAGAAGGAAUGUGUUUUAUGAUGGACAGGGGUGGUGAAGAUAUUUGCUACAUUCAGUUUCCACAAAGAUUUGAAGGCAUCGAUCCUUCUGAUAGAUAUGCUAACAAUAACACUGUAUUCUUUGAUGGUAAUAUGCGUGCCCUCGAUGGUGUCCAGGGACCAGUUUAUGUAGGAACAGGUACUAUGUUUAGGCGCUUUGCCUUAUAUGGUUUUGAUCCACCAAAUCCUGAUAAGAUUCUCGAGAAGAAGGAAUCAGAAACAGAGGCUUUAACCACCAGUGACUUUGACCCAGACCUUGACGUCACACAACUCCCCAAGCGCUUUGGCAACUCUACACUUCUGGCAGAGUCAAUUCCUAUUGCAGAGUUCCAAGGUCGUCCAUUGGCAGACCACCCUGCUGUCAAGUAUGGCCGUCCUCCUGGGGCGCUUAGAGUCCCUCGCGACCCACUUGAUGCCACCACAGUCGCAGAAUCAGUUUCUGUAAUCUCUUGUUGGUAUGAGGAUAAAACAGAGUGGGGAGAUAGAGUCGGAUGGAUUUAUGGAUCAGUGACAGAGGACGUGGUCACAGGGUAUCGCAUGCAUAAUCGUGGGUGGCGCUCUGUUUACUGCAUCACCAAAAGGGAUUCUUUUCGAGGCUCCGCACCCAUUAAUCUUACAGAUCGUCUUCACCAGGUGUUACGGUGGGCAACCGGGUCUGUUGAGAUCUUCUUCUCUAGAAACAACGCCAUUCUCGCCUCAAAACGUCUCAAGUUCCUCCAACGUCUCGCAUACCUUAAUGUUGGAAUAUAUCCUUUUACAUCAUUGUUUCUAAUCCUCUAUUGUUUUCUUCCGGCGUUCUCUCUUUUCUCUGGCCAGUUUAUCGUGCGGACGCUCAGUAUCUCUUUCUUAGUUUACCUCCUUAUAAUCACCAUUUGUUUGAUUGGCUUGGCGGUUUUGGAGGUUAAGUGGUCAGGCAUUGGACUGGAGGAAUGGUGGAGAAAUGAACAGUGGUGGCUUAUCUCAGGAACAAGCUCUCAUCUUUAUGCUGUGGUCCAAGGAAUUCUCAAAGUCAUUGCAGGGAUCGAGAUUUCCUUUACCUUGACAACCAAAUCAGGAGGAGAUGACAACGAUGACAUAUACGCAGAUUUAUACAUAGUAAAAUGGUCGUCGUUGAUGAUACCGCCCAUUGUGAUAGCAAUGGUAAACAUAAUAGCAAUUGUGGUGGCAUUCGUUAGGACGAUAUACCAAGCAGUGCCACAAUGGAGCAAGUUAAUUGGUGGAGCAUUUUUCAGUUUCUGGGUGUUGGCACAUUUGUAUCCAUUCGCAAAAGGACUAAUGGGACGAAGAGGGAAGACUCCAACAAUAGUUUUCGUGUGGGCAGGUCUAAUUGCCAUUACCAUCUCUUUACUAUGGACGGCUAUUAAUCCUAAUUCUGGACCUGUUGCUGCUGCUGAAGGUGUUGGAGGCGGAAAAAAAGUUAACAUCCAUCGGUGAAGUUUGUUUCUAACUUCUAAUCUAACGGCUACGAUUUUAUUUAGGAUCAUGAGUAUGAUGUCAUAGUUUCACUUGAACAACAAACAUGUUUAUUCCAUGAAAAGUUGUAUUUUUUCAGAAUU